AUGCGACAACGUCGGUGGCUAGAGUUGAUGACAAGUUAUGAUUUGGAGUUCAUAUAUCAUGAGGGACAAGCAAAUUUAGUAGCCGAUGCGUUGAGUAGGAAGUCCAAUCACUCGUUGUCCGCCUUGGACGGAGUUGAAGAGUUGCAUCGGGAUUUUGCGAGGAUGAAUUUGGAAGUGCUGCGUAAGGGUGAAUUACAGGGAUGUCUGAAUGCUUUGUCUAUUCGACCUUCGUUCUUUGAAGAAAUUUUGAAUUCCCAAGGUAAAGACCCGAAACUGUUGAAGUUGAAGGAACAAGCUCGGGAAGGAAAAGCGGAGGGAUUCUUUAUUCAUGAAGAUGGGAGCUUAAGGUUCAAUGGUCGCUGGUGUUUACCGACACGGGAGGAAUCUUUGAAGGAACGUAUUUUGGAUGAGGCCCAUUGUACGAAAUUUUCAGUCCAUCCGAGCGGUGACAAAAUGUAUCGAGACCUUAAGUUAAUGUUUUGGUGGUCUGGGAUGAAGACGGAUAUUGCGGAUUAUGUCUCAUGUUGUUUGACUUGUCAAAAGGUUAAAAGUGAGCAUAAAAGACCAGGAGCUGAAAACCCAGUUGCUGAAUUUUCGGAACACGAGUCUGUGAUGGGGUUGAACGCACAAUCUAGUGAAUUUCAAAGUGCUUUACGAAUCUUUGAUAGGAUAAACAAGCGGCAUAUAGUUGAUUGGACUAUGAUGAUCACUUCUUGCUCGCAACAAGGUUACAGUGAGAAAGCGCUCUCAUUGCUAUCACGAAUGCUGGUCAACAAAUAUUUUCUGAACGAACAUACUAUAUGUAGUGUUUUGAAUGCAUGUGGAGAAGAAAAGGCACUGAAAUUUGGAAGACAAUUGCAUGGUAUUGCAGUUAAGAAACUGAUCAGAAACAAUGUUUAUAUUGGUAUGUUUUUGGUGAAUAGUGUUUAG